CUUGCAGUUGAGGAGAAAAGUCAGCUGGAUAAGCAAGAGGCUUCCAAUAUGUUAAGUUAAAAGAAAAAAAACCUCCUUCCUCUCUGAUCUAUUCACUCUUUGCAGUACACUAACACUGCUGCCCAAGCUCUGAGGGCAAAGUAGGAACAAGACAUGGCCCUACCAACUCAGCAGUCUGAAGAGCUGCGCCUCUACCAGCAAACGCUGCUCCAAGAUGGAUUCAAGGACAUGCUGGACCACAACAAUUUUAUAGAUUGUGUUCUAAAGAUCCAGGGCAAGGAAUUUCCCUGCCAUCGCCUGGUGCUGGCAUCCUGCAGCCCCUACUUCCGAGCCAUGUUCCUUUCGGAUCCGGAGGAGAGCAAGAAGAAGGAAAUUGACCUUGAAGAUGUUGAUCCAGACGUGAUGGGGAAGAUCCUUCAUUAUAUCUACACUUCUGACAUUGAAAUCACAGAGAAGAACGUUCAGGACAUAUUCUCUGUGGCCAACAUGUUCCAGAUCCCAUCAAUAUUCACAGUCUGUGUGUCUUUCCUGCAGAAGAAGCUAUGCCUUAGCAAUUGUCUGGCUAUAUUUCGCCUUGGCUUGUUGUUGGAUUGCCCCCGGCUAGCCGUCUCUGCCAGGGACUUUGUAUGUGACCGAUUUAAUCUCAUCGCUAGAGACGAAGAGUUCUACGAGCUUUCCCCCGAUGAGUUGAUUGCCAUAAUCUCAAGCGACUCGCUCAACAUCGAGAAGGAAGAAGAAGUCUUCGAGGUGGUGAUGAAAUGGGCAUCAAAAGAGAAGGAGAAACGCUCCAAGGCGUUGCCCAUCAUCUUUGAAAGCAUUCGCUUCUGCCUCAUACCCCACGACUAUAUAAAGAACAAGGUUGAAAAGCAUGAACUGGUCAAGUCCAACAAGGAACUCUUGAAAAAACUCCAAACAGUCAAAGAUGCCCGAGAAGGAAAAUUACCUGCAACUAAAAAUAAAACAUCUGCUAAAGCAAGUGAGGACAAAGAUGGGGAACAAGUGGUAAAUGGGGGCUUAGAGGAAGAGGAGGAAGCCCUUCCUGGAAUUCUGAAUGAUACACUCAGGUUUGGAAUGUUUCUAAAGGAUAUGAUAUUCAUGAUCAGUGAUACUGGAGCAGUGGCCUAUGACCCGAGUGCCAAUGAAUGCUUCGUCGCCUCACUCUCUGCCCAGAUCCCCAAAAAUCACGUCAGCCUGGCAACUAAGGAAAACCAACUUUUUGUAGCCGGUGGACUUUAUUAUAAUGAGGAAAACAAAGAGGAGCCAUUGAGCUCUUAUUUCCUGCAGUUUGAUCACCUGGACUCUGAUUGGCUGGGAAUGCCCCCAGUCCCCUCAGCACGGUGUCUGUUCGGUCUCGGGGAGUCCGAAAAUUCCAUAUAUCUGAUUGGUGGAAAGGAACUAAAAGAAGGAGAACAAACGCUGGACACUGUUUUGUGCUAUGACCGUCCGUCAUUUAAAUGGGGGGAGUCAGACCCGCUACCCUAUAAAGUGUAUGGCCACACCGUUGUGUCCCACGAUAACCUGGUGUACGUUCUUGGAGGCAAAGGAAAUGAAAAGAAAUGUCUAAAAAGGGUUUGUGUCUACAACCCAAAGAAGUUUGAGUGGAAGGACUUGGCACCUAUGAAAACCGCUCGGUCGCUAUUUGGAGCUACUGUUCACAAAGGAAAAAUCUUCAUCGCCGCUGGAGUUACGGACACUGGUUUAACCAACACCAUUGAAGUGUAUGACACCAAGACCAAUAAGUGGGAAGAAUUUACUGAGUUCCCCCAGGAACGCAGUUCUCUCAGUCUGGUCAGCAUGAAUGGGACACUUUAUGCUGUCGGAGGAUUUGCCACCAUCACGAACGAAUCAGAGGAACUUGUUCCAACAGAACUGAAUGACAUCUGGAGGUACAAUGAAGAUGAGAAGACGUGGGAAGGAAUUCUGAGAGAGAUUCAAUAUGCAUCCGGAGCGACUUUUAUUGCUGCGCGGCUCAAUACCCUCCGACUAACGAAGAUGUAACAACACCAGGAUAGUUUCUGGGAUUAAAAUAUAGGUUGUAGAAGUCUAGGCCAAGUAUAUAGUGAACAUUAACAAACUAUGGGGCUUUCUGAUGAUGGAUCAUGUUGGUGGGACCUGUGUCGGAAUUUCACUAAAGACCAACCUUUGAGGAGAAAAAGCCAUUCCUUGCCGAGCAUAUGCAUGUGUUCUAGAAUGGUGCAACCUCAACCUGGGAGUCAACAACACUUUAUACAGUUUGUAGCAAUAAACUCAACUUGUAAGGUCUAUAUGCGCCAUGAUGUCCAAGAGCAGUUGUCUGGGCCACCAAGCCCGAAGUAGCAGAUUAUAUGGUACAUAGACCCACAGAUCUCAUAUCAUUUGUUCCACACCAAAGUCAUUUGAUUCCCAAUCUCAAAAUAUGCAAUUCUUCAUCUGAAGGAGCAUCUUAAAAUACCCCUCCCCCAAAAAAACCAUUUAAAGCCCUUCCAAGACAGGGCUGAAUUACACCGUUUUUUUUUUUUGAACAGUUCCUGAUGGAUAUAAGAAGGUGAUUGACUACCUGGAGAUCACCAACAUCCCCAUAGAUUGAUAGACCCCCCUCUGUACAAGAUGGUCCUACAUGGGAUGAUUCUUUAUAUAAGUCAUUGUAGUAAUCAGUGCUAUUUAUAUUGAGAUUUUUACUUUAUAUCUUGAGACUAAUAUCCAGUGUCCGAUACAGAUAUCUGCAGGUGUGGGGAGGCGGUUGUAGAGUUUUGCUAAUAAAAACAAGAAAAAUAACCUA